AACAUGCUACAAUGAAAGGUCUGGCACUGGCUUGUAUCUUGUCCUAUUAAAUGUCAGGUUGCUUAUACAGGUUAAGAGGUUUUAUUUAUUAUUUAAUAAAGUGUGAUAUCCGCCUGACACAAAGUCACUGCUACACUUUGAGAGAGAGAGAGAAAAAAAGAAAAACCUUUAACUGCACAAACAGACCACACCCUCUAAAGUUUCUUACAAGAUUUAAACUGAUUUUAUGUUUGAGGAAAAGUUUUAUUGUGCUGUAGGACACUUAAGUUGCACAGGAUACGGUAAUGCAGGUGUAUAUGUAAUGUCUAGGUAGACCGCAAUAUUGUUGCAACUUUGUUGAGCUUGUUACAAAUAGCUUUUCUCACGGUUUCAGCCUAAAGUAGCUGUUCAAGAGUUGUCAUGGAAAUCCUACCAUUUGAGGAGGUGGAGCGUGUUCCUGGUGCCAAAAUGCAGCGAGGUGGUGCCACUUGUCUUCAACAGUAUGGCUGUUACAACAUCUCUACACCUGCACAUGGUUUUUCAGAAGACUCCAGUGAUGAAGAGGACUACCUGGCACCACUGGUACCUAAAAGUGAAGAAGGCUCCGUGUGCUGUGUUUGUGGAGAAAACAUCCCCUUACUGAAUAAACUGAUAGAACACUUUAAGACGCACACAGCCGAGGUGUAUUGCCACCUAUGCCAGACAAAGUUUGGACGGGUGAUGUCACUGGCAUUACACUUAAAAAAUGCCCAUCCAAGGCAAAGUUUCAUGUGUGGUAUCUGCAGAACUCUCUUUAGGUGCUCAUGGAAUCUAAAUGGGCAUAUGGAAAAGCAUCAGAAAGACGCAAUGCAGGUAAAACCUGUGAUUAAAAUGGAACCGACAGAAGAAAUCAGCAUCAAAGAGAACGAAAGAUACGUAGCCUUGAGGGAUCAUUCAUACUGUGUCUCAGAUCAAGCAGUUACAAAUCUCACUUGCAGGAAUCGCAUUGACAGUGACUCCACGAAUCAAGAGUCGCACAUUAAAACAGAAGCCGAAAGAUUGCCUGUUACUGAGAAACAAAACGAUACUUGCAACUUGAGCCAAUCAGAGAAAGAGCAUCUAAGCUUUAGGCUGAAGGAAGAGAAUGAGGAUGAGAAUGGGCUCGGAGAAACUGUAGUUUAUGAGGUCACUGCAGAGGAGGAAAUCGGACUGAUGGAGGAUGACCAAAGUACAGACACCGAUGACGAUGUCAACCCUGACUCACUACCCCCUGGUGACACGGCAUACAACCCGGAUGAGGACUGCAGCUCGGAACCUGACGACAGCGACUCAAAAAGCAGCUCCUGCGACCGCCACCGGAAGAAAAAGACACGAAAGAUGCAGACGCCCAACAGUAAAAAACCUGCAAACAGGAAUCUAAAGUCCGCUGACAUUGCAGAGAAAUUUGGGUUCCAGUCCGAUUCUCCCUUCUGCUGCUAUGGCAAAUUCGCAAAUUUGGGGAAGCACAUGGACGACUGCAGGAACAAACUGAGGUCUGCUUGUCGCCUGUGCAACACGGUAUGUGAGAAUGAAAAGUUGCUGCUGAAGCACAUGGCCGAAAAGCACUCUGCAGCUGGGUAUAUCUGCUCGCGCUGCCACAGUGUUUUCCCUAGACUGGACGGUUUCAAAAAUCACGUCUGUUUGAGAAGAACAACAGGGGCCGUGAACUUGCCUGCCGCCCAGGUAACCAAGAUGCCCGUCGUGCCUUUAUCCAACAGACCUUCUGCCUGUGCUUUGUACACCAAUCAAAACCCGAGUAAAGUUAUCAAAAUGACUCCAACAGCGAAUACAAUUUCCCCAGCCCCUGUUCCUCCACCUGUAGUGCUUCAGCCAUUGCUUCGGACAACUCCUUUGGUUCCUGCUAAGGUAACUAAUUUGGUUCCACAGGUUGUGGCUGUGCCACAAACUCUUAUCAGGCCCCAUUUCCCUCAAAUGAAAGUUCCUGUCCAUGUACGUCCAGUAGUGCGUCCCUUAAUACCAAAUCUGUCCAGGAUGACUCUUCGUAUCCCUACCGCUUCCAACCCACCUUUUCCAAGUCAAGUCGUCGUAUCCUUCUCACCCACAGUGAACGUCUCUGCACCAUGUCUAGUAUCAGCCAACAGGCCUGUUCUAAGACAAGCACCUCUGGCUAAUAUUAGACCCGCACCUGUAAAUGUCCCGCUGAUGACCUCAGUCACUUAUCCCACCCUGGUCAGUGCUCUUACUGAAAACAGUAAGCCUCAGGUCCCAGCUCCGUUACAUAUAGUGGCCAUGUUUGUGAACCAAAGCUCUACAGAAGCUCUACAGAAGCGACUCGAGCAGAGCUGGCGCUCUAAGACCAUCUUCCCCUGCCGUCACUGUGGUGCCGUCUCGAGGCAGCCGUCGCUGAAGGUGCGUCACAGAUACCUGCACCGUGGGUCAAGGUUGUACAGAUGUCAGUGCGGAAGGUCCUUCCAAAGGCAGCUGCAUUUGCUGAGACACCAGGUCCAGCAUGCAGAGUCCGUCAGAUUUGUUUGUGCACGGUGCGGAAAUACAUUCGAAGGGGCGCAUAAACUGACCUGGCACAAACAGAAGCGUAGAAAUGGCAGGCGGUGUGCAAAGAAGAAAUGCAAGGUGGCUUUUGACUGUAGCUGUGGACAGAUGUUUACCAGGCCGUCUGCGCUGUUGUGGCAUAUGCUUAAAAACUCCAAACUUUCAAAACACAUGCGAAAAAAAUCACAGUCUGUCUCUGUUUGAGUGGUUUGUGUAGACGAGAUACUGCAAAUUGUGUUUUUCUUUGGGCCUAAUUGAUUUUUCUGUAUUAUUAUGUAGUCAGCAGUGUAUGAUUUUUUUUUUUUUUUUUUUUUUUCUAUAAUGGCACUUUUUGCAUUAGAAGAAAUUUGAUGUAAGCACUUGUAUUUUUUUCUCUGUCAUAAGAUAGAUGAGACCACUGAAAGAAUACCUAGUGAGAGUAUUUUAAGCAAGCUCUCAUUUAUUAAUGACCAAAAAAAAAAAAAAAAAAAAACGCACACCUUUUUUAUUUUUAUAGGGGUUUUGUGUUGUAAGGCAGUGAUUCUAACCCAUUUGUAAUAAAACAAUGCACAUAAAUACACAGUGUUCUGUGUGUGUGUGUGUGUGUGUGUGUGUGUGUGUUUUUAAGCGUUCUCAUCAUCACGUAGCUGGGAAAACACAAAAUUAUGUUAACAUGAGAUGGCUUUAUUAAAAUGUGCAAAAAUAAUGCUGUAAACGUUUUCCGUCAUUUUCAACUCUUGAUAAAAAUGCUCUUUUUACUUCACUAUGUUCCUGAAUAAGCAGCUUCAGUUAAUGAUUGGUGAAAUUGGCCAUUCAUGUUUCAAAUACGCAAAGACAGCAGUAAAACCAAGGCAAAAUUUCAAUUUGUUUAUAAAAGAACUACAUACAACAGACCUGACCUCUUUUCGUAUACCCACUGCCCUCAUAUGAUCAUUAUACAGCAUACACAUCUAAUCUAUUUCGAAAAUAUUCAGCGCAAACGAUACAGGACAAGCACAGUCUUAACAGGAAUGAUGGCCAAACAUGCAACACAUAUUUUGUCCACCAGGAGGAGAUACCAGAGACGACUGACAGCCUCUGUCUUAAUAAACUUAAAUACAGGCUCAAGCAAUAAAGAUUUUUCCGUUACACCAGUAUUCUGAAUACCGUACUACGCAAAACCUUUUCAUGGUGUAAUUAGAGCCGCCACAUGCCGUCAUUCAACAGAUGCCCUGUCAGGUUAAAGGGCUAAUGGAAAUUCAAGUCAUUCCCA